AAACAAGUUAUUGAAUCGAGACAAAUUGUGAGUGAGUACAGCUAAACCACGCAUCUUUUCUAACUUCCAAUUUCCAAUAAGGAUAUUCUGUAACACAACUUUUCACUACUCUUUUCUUUAGCUCAAACAUCCAUAUUUAUUGCUAUAUCCAAAUUAUUAUCUUUCUUUUCUUUUUAAUUUUUUAUUCUUCGAUAUCUCUCCUUAUAUACUGCUCUGCCUUCAGUUUUAAACACAUCACUUAUCUAAACCUCUCUCUCUCUCUGUUUUUCUCUCUCUUUCUCACUUUCUCUCUUUGCAGCUUUCUGUUAAUUCCUUGAUCGCUUUGUUAAGUGUUUGGGGUCUAGGAAAAUGGAUAACAAUACUAUUUCUUGCUCAAAUGGAACUAAGAAUGGGAAUGGGAAUGGGAAUGGAGUUGAUGGAAAAAGCUAUGCUCUCAAUGGUUAUAGGAAGAGUUGUUGGUAUGAAGAAGAAAUUGAAGAAGAUUUGAGAUGGUGCUUUGCUCUCAAUAGCAUUUUACAUACAGGACAUUCACAGUUUCAAGAUAUUGCAUUGUUGGACACAAAGCCCUUCGGCAAGGCCCUGGUCAUUGAUGGAAAACUUCAGAGUGCAGAGACUGAUGAGUUCAUCUACCAUGAAUGUCUUGUUCAUCCUGCUCUUCUUCAUCAUCCCAAUCCAAAGACAAUUUUUAUCAUGGGAGGGGGUGAAGGGUCCACUGCCAGGGAACUUCUUAGGCACAAGGCUGUUGAGAAGGUUAUCAUGUGUGACAUUGAUGAGGAAGUGGUGCAGUUCUGCAAAUCACACUUGGUUGUAAAUAAAGAAGCAUUCUCUGAUCCAAGACUAGAGCUGGUCAUCAAUGAUGCAAGGGCUGAGCUAGAACACAGAGAAAAACAGUAUGAUGUGAUUGUUGGUGACCUGGCAGACCCAAUAGAAGGAGGCCCCUGUUAUAAACUCUAUACAAAAUCUUUCUAUGAGUUAAUUGUCAAACCAAGACUAACCCCAGAUGGUAUUUUUGUCACACAAGCUGGUCCAGCUGGGAUUUUUAGCCAUACAGAAGUGUUCUCUUGCAUCUACAAUACUUUAAGACAAGUUUUCAAAUAUGUUGUGCCUUACUCAGCUCAUAUUCCUUCCUAUGCUGAUACUUGGGGUUGGGUCAUGGCUUCGGAUAAGCCUUUUGUGCUUAAUGCUGAUGAGUUAGACAUAAGAAUCAAGCAGAGGAUCAAAGGAGAGAACAGAUAUUUUGAUGGAAAAACUUUUACUUCUGCAUCUACUUUGAGCAAAGCUGUUCGAAAAUCGCUUUUCAAUGAGACUCACAUUUACACUGAAGGUUCAGCUAAGUUCAUAUAUGGCUAUGGAAGUGCUGGGAAAUAGAGAAUUGUAGAGAUUUUCCUUCCAAAAAAUCUUAAAAGAAAAAAACAUAGAAGAGAAAAGAGAAAAAGAAAAGAAAAAAAAAAGAGUACUAAGUAUUGUGGUGACUGGUGAGACAAAAGUUUGUCUAUUUCCUUCUAAUUACUAUAUGUAUUUCCCUUUUUUUAUUUAUUAUUUUGUUUCUUCUUUUAUUUGUGUAGCUAUAUAACUUCAAAGUUAUGAAAAGAAAAUGGUUGUGCAUGAACCUUUGUAGUGUGUUGUUCGUGUUUUAAAAAUCACUUAAUAUAUACAUUGUCUACAUCAAUAUAAAACAUGUGUAUUCCAAA